AUGGGAGGAGGCGGAGGGCGGGGCGGCUUCCGCCGGAAGCCGGAAGCGGCGGCCGUGAGGGGCACGGACAUGGCGGCGGCCGCGGAGGAGCCUGCGGGGGGGGGAGGGGAGACCCUGAGAGAGCUAAUGGAGGAGAACAGAGAACUGAGGGCCGCCCUCCGCCGCUGCUCGGAUGCUCUCCGGUGCCGGUGCCAGGACCUGCGGCGGCUGCAGGGUCUGCGCGGGGCCGAGCGGGAGCUGCUCAGGGGUCACGUGGGGCAGGCAAGGAGCCUGGUGCAGCUGCUGCGGGCACAGCGCGACGCGGCCAUUGCUGCUGCCAACAGCGCCAACAACAGCGCCAAUGGCACCAACAACAGCGCCAAUGGCACCAACAGCGCCAACAACGGCACCAAUGGCACCAACAGCGCCAACAACGGCACCAACAACAGCGCCAACAGCGCUAACAACAACAGCGCCAACAGCACCAAGAACAACAGCGCCAACAACAGCUCCAACAACAACAGCGCCAAUGGCACCACCAUCACCACCACCAACAGCGCCAACAACAGCACCAGCACCAACAGCACCGCCACCAAUGGCACUGACAUGGGCACCAAUGGCACCGCCACGAGCAGCAGCAGCACCACCAUGGGGAACAACAGCACCGCCAUAGGCACCAGUGGCACCGCCAUGAGCAAUAGCAGCACCACUGUUGGCACCAGCACCGUGAGCAUGGGGGCCGGUGACCCCAUCGUGGCCAACAAUGGCAUCACCGUGGGCAGCAAUGGCACCGCCGUGGGCAAUGGCACCAGUCUGGGCACCGGCACCGUGACCGUGGCCAACAGCAGCACCCCUGGGGCUGGCACCGGUGCAUCCAUGGCCACCGGUGCCAACACCGUGACCGCCAAUGGCACCGCAGUGGCCAAUGGCAGCCCUAUGGGCACCGGCACCACCACCUCCAUGGCCUCCAGCAUCAUUGCCACCACCAGCACCAUCCCCAUGGUCACCAGCACCAUGAGUGCAGCCGCCACCAUCACCACCAUGGCCACCAAUGUCAUCCAUGCCAGCACCGCGCCCCCAUUGGGGCCACCGCAGGAGCUGCCCCCCCCCGGCCCAGCAGACCCGGACCCCGGUGCCCCCAGCCCCAUGGAGCUGAGGCAGAGGCUGGCGCUGGCGGAGGCUGCGUUGGUGGCAGCAGAGGCACGUGCAGGGGAGGUGGCUCAGAGUGCGGAGCUGCAGCUGCAGGCACUGCGCAGGCAGCUGGAGCAGGACAAGGCUGCGGUGCAGGCGCAGGUGACGUCCCUGCUGCUGGAGCUCAAGGAGAGUCAGGAGCUGCUGGAGAGUGGGCGCCGGGAGCGCCAGGACCUGGAGCAGCGGGCGCAGGCAGCUCACUCGCGCUGUCGGGCGCUGGAGGCUGCGGCCUCAGGUCACACUCUGCAGAUGGAUCAGCUGAGGCUGCAGGUUCAGAACCUGGAGACAGCUCUGAGGGUGGAGCGGCAGCGGGCGAGCGACGAGAAGCGGAAGCUGGUGCAGCUCCAGGCCGCCUACCACCACCUGUUCCAGGAGUACGAUGCCCACAUCAAGGCCAGCCUGGAGGGCGACCGGCGCAGCCAGGACCUGGCGCUGGCGCGUGCUCGGCUCCGCACCGCGGAGGAGGCUCUGGCAGCCAAGCAGGAGCGCAUUGACCGGCUGGAGGCUGAGGCCCAGGCCCAGCGGGCACAGCUGGAGACCAUCCCCGUGCUGCAGGCGCAGGCCGAUAUCUUCAAAGCUGACUUCGCAGCGGAGCGGGCGGCUCGGGAGCAGCUCCAUGCCCAGCGGGAGGCGCUGCAGGAGGAGCUGGAACAGCUGCGGCGGCGCCUGGAGGCCGAGGGGGCAGCGCGGAUCCGCCUGGAGGAGAUGAGGAACCGGCACUCGGAGCCCACGGGGGGGGGUUUGGGGGGGCCCCCCCCCGAGGAGGAGCCUGAGCUCUGCUGCCCCAAGUGCCUGUACAAGGCCCCGGACAUGGACACGCUCCAGAUCCACGUCAUGGACUGCAUCAAGUGAGGGGGGGACC